GUGGAUUUGCUUGACAUGAUUGACAUGUGGUUUGUACUUAGGACUGUAAGUGAUUCUACUUUUUCAAUGAAGAUCUUCUGUUCCUGCUAUGGACAAAAAAUGACUUGGAUACAUUUCUUGGGCUUCCUGUUUAUUACUCAGUUGUUUGGUUUUGCCAAUUGCAUUCCUAAGUGUGACUUUAGUUCAGAAGUCCUUUUCUGUAGUGGCAAAUUAAUAACCGAAAUGCCCGCAACUAUACCAUCAAAUACAACUCGAUUAACAUUUUUGAACACCAAUAUUUCUGUCGUAAGAGCUGGAGUCCUUCAGAAUUAUUCAGCUUCACUGACAAUGCUUGCAUUUAAUGAUAAUAAUAUACAUAAAAUAGAAAUUGGAGCUUUGGAUGAUCUUACAAACCUGACACAACUUGAGAUAACAGGUAAUCCAUUGGAAAGAUUGAGCACGGGAAUGUUUGACAACUUUCCACAAAUGAAAAACCUCUAUCUGUCUGAAAACAAGAUCAAUAUCCUGGAUAGUGGAUUAUUUGAUAAUCUUCCCAAUUUAGUUGAGCUGAGAUUGUUUGAGAAUGAAAUACAAGUCCUUCCUGCUCAGAUAUUUGACAAAUUGACACUGCUUAAAAGACUGCAUUUGGCUAAAAAUCAGAUAAGCAAUCUGCCUUCGGGAAUAUUUGAAAAUCUUUCCAAACUCAUGCAGCUCAAACUUUCCCAUAAUCAGCUCACUGAUCUCCAGGAAGGUAUUUUUGAUAAUCUUCCUGAAUUAGUGGAACUUUCUUUGACAAAUAACAGUGUAACACAUCUCCCACCUGGAAUCUUUUCCAAACUGCUUCAAUUACAGAAACUAUAUUUGAACCACAACAGAAUCACAGAGCUUCCAUUUGGACUGUUACAUAAUUUAACAAAAAUAUCUAAAUUGAAACUUGAAUCUAACAUGCUCUCAAGUCUUCCUACUAGUUUAUUUGGAUUAACACCAAAUCUCAUUACACUUUCACUGACUGAAAACAAACUCAGCACUAUUCCUGAUGAUAUGCUCAGUAAACUGCCUAAUUUAAAAACUCUGAUAUUGAGCCAGAAUCAGAUUACUCAUCUUCCAAAGAAAGCUUUCAAUGGCCUUGAGAAAUUAACUCAACUUCAGCUGAAUGAAAAUAAACUUGUUACCUUAGAUAAAGACAUUUUUAAAAACUUACACCUUUUGAAAAGGCUUGACCUUGCUUCAAAUCAACUAUCUGAUGUACCUGAUGGAACAUUUGAUAAUUUGAGAAACCUGGCUUCAUCUGGACUCAAUCUGCUACAUAAUCAUUUCGUCUGUGACUGUCACUUAUUGUACCUUAGAAAUUGGAUGAAGUCGAAUGAAAAUAAAGUGAAAUCAUAUUCUGAGAUGAAGUGUUACAUGCCUGAUGAUCUUACUACAAGGGUUAUUCACUCUUUAAGGGAAGAAGAACUAAUCUGCCUAACUACAACAGAGAAAAGCACAACUGCAGAAAUUUCAACUUCUACCACGGUCAUGUUGACAUCUACUGGGAUUAGUACAACUACAACAGAAUUGACAACAGAACAGCUCAGCACCACAGAGAUUUCAACUUCUAGUGUGACCACUUGGGUAUCUACUCCCAUUUCCACAUUAACAACAGAGUUCACAACAGAGCAGAGCAGCUCUUUGGUGGCAUCAACUGCAUCUAUGAAGACAUCAACAGCCCCUACUAUAGUGACAACUGAAUUAUUAACAGAGCUAUUAACGACUACAGAGAUUUUACUCCCAACCGUGACUCCAAUAUUAUCGACCCCCUGCACGACAACAACAGCGACAGCAACAAAACAGACCACGAUUCCAGCAAUUUCAACUUCUGUUGCGACUACAUUAUUUUCUGUUCCCAGUACUGCAAUGACAACAGAACAGACCACUACUCCAGAAAUUAUAACUUCUGCUACUGAAAGUGUGAGUACAGCCACAACAAUGAUUUUUACAACUACCAGCAUAACAUCCAAGCAAUCAUCACCUUUUGUGCUUCAUAUUCCUUGGUCAUCCAUAGUGCCAAGGAGCACUUCACUGGAGACUGAGAGUACACAGGAAGUGGGUUCAUCUACAAUGGAUACAAUCUACCACUCUACUUUAGCUCCACAGCCCAACCCAACCUACCACUCAGUGGAGAUUCACCCGAACACCAUAAUGCACUUAGACUCACUGGCAUUCCAAAGAUUCCCUGCUCAUUGAUGAACAGGACCUGAACAUCCUAGAGAAGGGGAAGAUGGCACUGCCAUCCUGAUGGAUGGAGUGGUGUAGAGGAGGGCAGUCCUCUUCUCUGUGCACUGGCAGAAGAUGCUGUGUCACCAGAUCCUGCCAGCCUUCUCUGAGGCUACUGCCCAGGUCAGUGUCACCCCCACUGUGUGGUCAGGUGGUCUGCUAUGCCUGAAAGUCAAUGAUCUUCUUCAUUCUGCAAAGAUAAGUGGCCACAUUUUCCCUCUCCAAGCUCAUCCUAACUCUCUCUCUCUCUGCCACUGAACACUGCCCGAUAACAGACUUCAGAACAUCUGCUCAACGCUCGAAGAGGAACUUGGAGUGGGAGGAGAAGGAUCCAAUUGUUGUGAUGCAUGUAUGUACCAGUGAUGUGGGCAGGAUAAAGAAGGAGCUUUUGUAUAGUCACUCUGAGGAGCAAGGUGCCAAAUUAAGACACAGGAUUCAAAGGUCAUAAUCUCCACACUAUUACUUCAGCAAUAUGCAAUUGACAUUGGACAAAUCAGAUCAGAGUGAUGAAGGUGUGGCUCAAAGAUGGGUGCAGUAGAAGUGGGUUCUGCUUUGUGGGGCAUAGACAGAAGGACUGGGGAAAGUUGGACAGUCUCCACCUGAAUCAUGGUGGGGUUGGUGUUCUUGUCAAUCGCAUAUCAAGGGAAGCAAAGAGGAUUUUAACUUGAAUAGGGAGUGCAAGGAGUCAAAUUCAUGAAGAUGUGGAAAAUCAAGGGAUUGACUUAAGUGCAAAGAGCAAAGUAUUAAUAGGGGAAAUGAUAAACAGAUAGUGACAGGCUAGAGAACAUGAAGAAAUAAACGUUGAUUUUUAAAAAUAGUUCACAUUACAGAAGAGAAGCUUCUGCAGGUCUUAUAGAAUACAAAGGUGGAUACAUCUCUGGUACCUGAUCUAACGUAUCCUAGCAUGUUAUGGGAAGUAAGGGAGGAAAUUGCGAGAUCCCUUGCAGAAAUAUUUGCAUCAUCUAUGACUAUGGAUGAGGUGUAUGAUGACUGGAGCGUGAUUAAUGUGUUUUUGUUGAAAAAUGUUUGUAAGGAGAAAUUGGGAAACUAUGGACCUAUGAGUCUGACUUCGGUUGAGGUUAAGUUGUUGGAGGAGAUCAUAAAAAAUAGGAUUUAUGGGCAUUUAGAGAGGCAAAAAUUAAUUAGGGAUAGUCAGCAUGGUUUUAUGUGAGGAAAAUUGUGUAUCACAAAAUGUUUGAGUUCUUUUAAGGAAAUUACCAAAAGGAUUGAUGGAGGACUUUAAUAAAGCCUUUGACAAUGUUCUGCAUAGCAGACUAAAUAGUAAAGUUAGAUCACAUGGGAUUCAGCGUGAGCUUGCCAAUUGGAUACAAAAUUGGCUUUACGGCAGGAAAUAAAGAAAGGUAGUGGAGGGUUGAUUUUUGGACUGGAGGCCUGUCAUCAGCAGUGUUCCACAGGGAUUGGUUCUGGAUUCUCUUUUGUU